UCGUGAUCCACCUGCCUCAGCCUCCCAAAGUGCUGGGAUUACAGGCGUGAGCCACCGCGCCUGGCCAGUUUGAUUUCUUAUACGUGAAGUACGCAGUGGCACUAAAACAAGUUUGCAGGUGUAGAACAAAGGCAAUUCAUUACAUAAUGAUAGGCAACUAACUUAGGUUAACAUAUGACUGUUGCUGUUCGACCCAGAUGUUUGCUGUCUGCAGAGCUCAAGGAUUUUAGCACAGGCCUUAUCUAUUGCCUUCUGCUACAGUGCGCAGAAGGCUGGAAUCCUGCCUGAUUGGGAAUUUCUCACGACCUUCAUUGUGUUACAGAAACUUACAGUUAUUAGCUAUAGAGAAGAAGAAUACAAUAAUUUAUAAACUUCUUACAAAGCAGGAUACAAUCCCACAAGAGGGGGAAGGAGUCAGGGAAGUUUGCUUAUAAAAGAAAACUUUAAUUUCUGCCUUUCAUUCCUGCAUUUUUAUUUGUUUUUCUGUAGCAGGACACGCCACAGACAAAACCUCUUGGACACCAGGUUUGUGAAGGAAGUGGCUUUUUAUUCAGCUGGGAGUCUCAGCAGACUUGCAUCUCAAGAACUGGGCUCCCUGGCUAGAAAAUCCUGGCCUCUUUGAAAGGCUCACAAUCUUAGAGGCUACAUGUGAGAGGGUCGUGAUCAAUGAGCGCGAAGAGGGCGCCACCUGGAAGUUCUUCCUCCUGGGAGUUCUGGGAAACGUAUUCCAGAACUCUGUCCGGAAACAGUUGGGCCGCAGGCGCGCGAGGCUUCUGGGAAGGGUAGUUAAGUAGCUCCGGACAGGCAGAGCCACUUCCGCCCCGGAAAGCGAGGCCGCCACCAUCUUUUGGGUCCGGGAGGUGAGUUAACGUUACACCCCCAGGGCCCUUCUGAAGCUUUCCAGCCUGCGCGUGGCGCUCCCCAGCCGUCAGUCAGGAUGGAGAGGUUGCGGCCGCGGGCGGAGGCCGAGAGGCCAAGGGCGGAAGUUUGCUCUCAUCCCGCACUUGGCGAGCUGCGCCGCUACUUCUUUAUGCUAUCUCAGGACUAUGACAUUCCCCAGAAGGAGCAGGAGGAAAUGACCAAGUUUCAGAAGGCUGUGACAUUCAAGGAUGUGGCUGUGGUCUUCUCCAGUGAGGAACUACGACUGUUGGAUCUUACACAGAGGACGUUGUACCGAGAUGUCAUGGUGGAGAACUUCAAGAACUUGGUUGCCGUGGAUAUGGUAUCCCAACUGGAAGCAGAAGAAAAGCUUUGGAUGAUGGAAGCAGAAACCCAAAGAAGUAGGUAUUCUGGCGAGAACCCUGCGGCUAUUCUUUCAGGCAGCAAGCAUCAAAAUAAGAUGGAGACUCUCCAAAAAUUUGCAUUAAAAUACCUUUCAAAUCAAGAACUGUCCUGCUGGCAAAUCUGGAAACAGGUUGCAAAUGAAUUAACCAGGUGUCUACAGGGAAAGAGUUCCCAGUUAGUACAAGGUGACUCUAUUCAGGUUUCUGAAAAUGAGAACAAUAUAAUGAACCCUAAAGGAGAUAGCUCUAUUUAUAUUGAAAAUCAGGAGUUUCUAUUUUGGAGAACCCAGCAUUCUUGUAGGAAUCCGUAUCUGAGUGAGUCACAGAUUCAGAGUAGAAGUAAACAAAUUGAUGUGAAAAAUAACCUGCAUAUACAUGAAGACUUAAUGAAGAAAUCAUCAUGUCAUGAGCAUAUUAAAACUGACACAGAACCGAAACCCUGCAAAGGUAAUGAAUGUGGCAAAAUCAUUAGUGAUGGCUCCAAUCAGAAAUUACCCUUAGGAGAGAAACCCCAUCCAUGUGGUGAGUGUGGAAUGGGCUUCAGUUAUAGCCCAGGGCUUCCCCUUCAUCAGAAUGUUCACACAGGAGAAAAAUACCUCAGUCAAAUCUCACAUCUGCAAACUCAUCAGAGAAUUCACCCGGGAGAGAAACUCAAUAGAUAUUAUGGAUCUGGUGAUUGCUUCAGUAAGAGCUCUUUCCAUUUUUAUCAAUCUAAUCAUACAGGAGAGAAGUCCUAUAGAUGCGACAGCUGUGGCAAAGGAUUCAGUAGCAGCACGGGUCUUAUCAUUCAUUACAGAACUCAUACUGGAGAGAAACCCUAUAAAUGCGAGGAAUGUGGUAAAUGCUUUAGUCAAAGUUCAAAUUUUCAGUGCCAUCAGAGAGUCCAUACUGAAGAAAAACCAUACAAAUGUGAAGAGUGUGGUAAGGGCUUCGGCUGGAGUGUUAAUCUCCGUGUUCACCAGAGGGUCCACAGGGGUGAGAAACCCUAUAAAUGUGAGGAGUGUGGUAAGGGCUUCACUCAGGCUGCACAUUUUCACAUCCAUCAGAGAGUCCACACUGGGGAGAAACCCUACAAAUGUGAUGUGUGUGGUAAGGGCUUCAGCCACAAUUCACCAUUAAUAUGCCAUCGGAGAGUCCACACUGGAGAGAAGCCAUACAAAUGUGAGGCGUGUGGGAAAGGCUUUACACGUAAUACAGAUCUGCAUAUUCAUUUCAGAGUUCACACGGGAGAGAAACCCUAUAAAUGUAAGGAGUGUGGUAAGGGCUUCAGUCAGGCUUCAAAUCUUCAAGUCCAUCAGAAUGUCCACACUGGGGAAAAACGAUUCAAAUGUGAAACAUGUGGGAAGGGCUUCAGUCAGUCCUCAAAGCUUCAAACCCAUCAGAGAGUCCACACUGGAGAGAAACCAUACAGAUGUGAUGUGUGUGGUAAGGACUUCAGUUACAGUUCAAAUCUUAAACUACACCAAGUAAUUCACACGGGAGAAAAACCAUAUAAAUGUGAGGAAUGCGGAAAGGGAUUUAGUUGGAGAUCAAAUCUUCAUGCGCAUCAAAGAGUUCACUCAGGAGAGAAACCCUAUAAAUGUGAGCAAUGCGAUAAAAGCUUCAGUCAGGCCAUAGAUUUUCGGGUACAUCAGAGAGUCCAUACUGGAGAGAAGCCAUACAAAUGUGGUGUCUGUGGUAAGGGCUUCAGUCAGUCCUCUGGUCUUCAGUCCCAUCAGAGAGUCCACACGGGGGAAAAGCCAUACAAAUGUGAUGUGUGUGGAAAGGGCUUUAGAUACAGUUCCCAGUUUAUAUACCAUCAGAGAGGCCAUACUGGAGAAAAACCUUACAAAUGUGGAGAGUGUGGAAAAGGUUUUGGUAGGAGCUUGAAUCUUCGCCAUCAUCAGAGGGUCCACACAGGAGAGAAACCCCACAUAUGUGAGGAGUGUGGUAAGGCCUUCAGUCUCCCCUCAAAUCUUCGAGUCCAUCUGGGUGUUCACACCAGGGAAAAGCUCUUUAAAUGUGAAGAGUGUGGUAAAGGCUUCAGUCAGAGUGCACGUCUUCAAGCCCAUCAGAGAGUCCACACUGGAGAAAAACCAUACAAAUGUGACAUAUGUGAUAAGGACUUCCGUCACCGGUCACGUCUUACAUAUCAUCAGAAAGUCCAUAUUGGCAAAAAGCUUUAGAAAUGAGAAGUGUGUUACCAACUUCCGUCUGAAUGCACAUAUUCAAGUUUUUGGAGAGUCCAUGCUAGUGGUAAACCCUAUAAAAGUACUGGGAGUGGAAGGGGAUCUUUCUAACAAAUCCAUCAAGAUGACAUAGAAUCAUGAACAGGAAUAGAAUUCGUAUUUAGGGGAGAAAUAGAGCUGUGGCUCUCUUGGUAAGAUCUAGUUAUUAUAAAUGAUCAUCUUUCAGUGUGAAUAUAUGCCUGAAGAUAAUGUGUGGAAGGAUAUUUGCCAUAUGCUAACUGGUUUUUUGGCCAGGGAGAGUUUUGGGUUAUUAUUCCUGUAAUUGCCAUUUUAUACUUACAGUGAUCAUUAUUUUCACUAAAAGCUGUAAAGCUUUGAAAAAUGAAUAAAAUUAUUAAAAAUUUACUGUA